CAGCCGCCGUAGCCGAUACUCGACUAGUAGGACAUUACUAUCAGUAGCCUAUGAAACUGGCCAUUGAUAUUUAUAAUUAGUGCAUGCGUCCCCUGUAACAAGCGCUGGGCCCGCUACAACGGUCUCUGGCUCCACAACAAGACGACGCACGCGCCCCGCCAGCCCGCCUACUGCGUCGAGUGCGACACUCACUACGCAGACGUGUAUAGAUACAGGUGGCACCUCGCUAACAGUGCUAAACAUACCAAGCUUAAGAAACAUCGGUAAGUCCUAUACUCUAUCCACGGAAGCAAGAGCUAAAAGGUAAACAAAGAAUGACACUUUUUCAAGAUGGCGGUAUAACCCGACCGAUGACAAAAUCAUAGAUACUGCGAACAUUUUACACAAAAAUGUGACGUUUUGUCAUCGGUCGGGUUAUACCGCCAUCUUGAAAAAGUGUCAUUCUUUGUUUACCUUUUAGCUCUUGCUUCCGUGGAUAGAGUAUAGUAAGGUUAUUAAGGCCCCUAGAUUUUUGUGGGGCCCGUUUGUUCCGACCUAAAUCCGGUCCUGCUCACUACGCAGACGUGUAUAGAUACAGGUGGCACCUCGCUAACAGUGCUAAACAUACCAAGCUUAAGAAACAUAGGAUCCCUUGUCCAGGAUGUGAUAAAAUAUUCUCCAAGAACAUCUAUAUGAAAGAUCAUUAUAAUUUAGUGCAUCUGAAGCAUUAUAAAUAUCGGUGUGAACAAUGCGAUAAGAAUUUCAUCCGUAACGCUGAUCUAGUGAAACACACUAGGCGGGUCCACGAAGGCAUAUUACCGCCCAAGAAUAAAAUCUGCUACAUGUGCGGUAGAGGUUUUUCUACCAACAAGAUCUUAACGAACCACCUUCGUACCCACACGGGAGAGAAACCGUUCGCGUGUACUAUAUGCAACGCUCGCUUCGCUCAGAGCACCGCGCUGUCCGCUCACGCGAGGGCCAUACACCAUACUGUGCAGAAACAUGAUUAACUUUAAAACUUCAGUGUGUG